UGACCAAGGAAAAGCAAUCUUGCUUAUCAUCUAAUUAAUUUAACACAAGACUUUUUAAUAGUCCCCAAUAGCUUUGCUGGAAACUUCUUGUUACCUGUGCCAUUUAUUGCCAUGGUACUUAUCAACAGCGAAUAGGACUAUCAUUUGAGAAUAUUUGAAUUUUGGAAAUAGGACUAUCAAAAGAGAAUGGAGGGAGUAUUCUAUUACCAACUAGUCCACUACCCUCAACCAAAUUGUGGGAGGCCGCUGGCCGGGUAUAGACAAAGUUUGGCUCCUGACCCUGCCAAAGCAUGGGAUCAAGUGAUGAAACACUGGUGCCAAAUGUUGAUACACCAGCUACCAGAUCACAGGACCUUGACAUGUGAUAAAAACAAUAUGACAAGCUUUUGCACUCCUUCAUAUGCACAUCUAUCUUAGAUAGAUCAAUUUCUGAAAGUUGAUGUCCAUUCACGAUAUACGGAUAUAUAAGGUGUCACCCUCCAGAAUAACUUGCUUCAUGCUGAGGACUGCUACCUACCUUGAAGCUUGAAGAUGCAAUAUCAGCAUGGUGAGCAUUAUACGAAUGGGCAGAUCUCCCAGCACCCCUGCUAUCACCUGUCCUUCCAUGACUCUGGUAACAAAGCCCAAGACACCACUAUGUGACAAACUGGACUUCCCGAACGUGAGCUAUUAGUAUUUAACACUUCAUAAUGAUAUACAACCAUGCUCCGAGAUGCAUAUUUGCUCUGUGAUCUGUUUGUUUUCCCUCCAUUUGAUUUAUUUCUUGCAUGGCAGUAUGACAUCGUGUCCACAUCCACAUGGAUCUUUAUUCUGAAGCACAUAGGACAGCAUUUAUCCGGCUUCACACCCCAGCAAGCUAUCUUCCAUCUUAGUUGUAAAUGUUAUGUACUGUGUGCAAACCUCCAAAACAAUGCCUUUACUUUGUUUGAAAUUUGCAUUUUCCAAAUCCCAAAACCAUGGGAAAAUUCCCCUAGUACUUAUGUACUGCCACCCUGCCGCUCUAGGAAGAGACAUCUCUUCCAGAUUUGUUAAACACAAGGCAUUUCAUCUCGUAUUUGUUAAGCACAAGGCAUUUCAUCUCGCGAAAGAUAUCCUUCACAAAUGGCUCAUCAUAUUCAGGUCAAUUAAUUGAGAUCCCUUCUGGCCAAGCACUUGACCUCCAAAAGAAAAAAACCACCACCUUAUAUCUACGGAUAAUUCCAAUAUUAUGCAGAUCUUUCUGUAAUAUGAUAAUAAAUUAAAUAACUAUGCAUGCUUGUUUCUUCUUGUCCAUGAUAGUGGCACGGAAGAAAAGAAACAUGCAUAACUGAUAACUAUUUUUAGAUAAUAAAUAUAACCAUUAACUAAUUUUAGCUGUUAGAAACCCUCUCAUCCAUUCCUUUCCUAAUACCUGGUCGUUAGUAACUUCUAAUGGUUCGCUUUUUUUCUCUUUGAAUUUUUUUUUACAUUUUAUCACAUGUAUUUCUCUAGAACAAAGAAAGAAGAGAAAUGAAAGAAUUUUUGCAAAAUCUGUCUUGCUUGGAAUCUGUCUUCUAUCUUGAAUUCAAUUUUAUUAUCUGUUGUUAUUUUUUGCAAUCACCCCUCUCUGUCCAAGUUCUGAAAUGAGGAGUGAAUGCCAUAAUGUUUUCUUGAAGAGGAAGAACAUAUCGAUACCAGUUUUUUAAUUCUUGUUGCUGGCAUGUUCCCUCACACCAAGCUGAAUUUUUUAUCGUACAUGGCUUUUUAUCUUUUGCUUAUGAUGACACGUUCAACAAACUGUCCAUAGGGUCAGAGCUCUGCGUUUUCCCAGAGGUGAGUUUCUAUAAUGUUUGGUGCUUCGUAGUACGUUUUAAAGAAUUCAUGUGCAGUUAAUUUUUGGUAUACUGGUCGGAUUCGUACAAAUUUAUGUAAAUUGACUGGCUGCCAUCUUUGAAACUCUUACCUUAAGGUUUUAUUUGUGUUUCACAUUUCAGUUUGUCUCCAAUCUAAGUCAAUCCAUCUUUUCCCUGUAAAAAAGGUUUCCAUGUUUUUUCUGCCUAGAAAUGUUUAAGAAACAUUUAGUUUGUCUCUUAAUAUUAUCUGAAAAGCAUAAAAACUCACAUUAUGCUUUUCAAUCAUCGUUUGGAAAAUCAGGCAAUGGUCAUUUAUUGUCAAGUGCAGAGAUUAGCAAGAAAAACUGCAAAAAUUGGUUUCAGUGCGAUUAACUCGUUCAAGAAGAAGGCAUUGCAUCUUAUGGGCUGCCUUUGCUCUAAAGGCGCCAAAGAUGAUAAUGCCACUUCUGGACACAGAACACCAUCAAGGAGAGAUGACUCUACGGUUGCAACAAGUACUGCGGUGCUGAAUGCAAAGUCCAAAGAAAAUACAUUCAACUCCAGCACAUUAGAUUCAUAUGGUGGAGCGAAGGUGGUAGCUUUAGAUGCUAGGAUCAGCAGUGGUAACAAUGCUGACCUUAAAGGGCUCUCGGGUGAGCAUGUAGUUGCUGGUUGGCCAGCUUGGCUCAUAAAUGUGGCACCUAAAGCAGUAGAAGGAUGGUUGCCUCGGCGAGCAGAUUCAUUUGAGAAAUUGGCCAAGAUUGGUCAAGGAACUUAUAGUAUUGUGUAUAAAGCUCGGGAUCUCGAAUCAGGGAAAAUUGUCGCACUUAAAAAGGUGCGGUUUUUCAAUAUGGACCCCGAAAGUGUGCGCUUCAUGGCUAGAGAAAUUCAUAUUCUUCGGAAACUGGAUCAUCCAAAUGUCAUAAAGCUUGAAGGGAUUAUAACAUCUCGUGUUUCACAGAGCCUCUAUCUUGUCUUCGAGUAUAUGGAACACGACCUUGCUGGUCUUGUUGCAACUCCAGGCCUCAAGCUCACUGAGCCACAGAUAAAGUGCUUCGUCCAGCAGCUGCUACAUGGCCUUGAUCAUUGCCACAAAAAUGGGGUUCUGCAUCGAGACAUCAAAGGCUCAAACCUGUUAAUCAAUGGCAAUGGAAUGCUGAAGAUUGGAGAUUUUGGCCUGGCCAUAUCCUAUGAUCCCAACAAUCCACAACCGCUGACAAGCCGUGUUGUGACAUUAUGGUACAGACCACCAGAGCUUUUGCUUGGUGCCACGGAGUAUGGUGUUGCUGUGGAUAUGUGGAGUACAGGGUGCAUUCUGGCAGAACUGUUUGCUGGCAAACCUAUCAUGCCUGGAAGAACCGAGGUGGAGCAAAUUCACAAGAUCUUUAAGCUAUGUGGGUCACCACCCGAGUAUUAUUGCAAGAAAUCAAAGGUGCCAGAAACAGCAAUGUUCAAGCCUCAGCAGCAAUAUGGGCGGUGUGUUGCUGAGACCUUCAAAGAUUUCCCCCCUCCAGCUGUAGUUCUCAUAGACUCCUUGCUUUCACUAGAACCAGAAGUUCGUGGAACAGCUGCCUCAGCUCUUCAAAGUGACUUUUUCAGAACCAAACCACUUGCUUGCGAUCCUUCAAGCCUACCGAAACUUCCACCAAGCAAAGAAUAUGAUGUUAGACUGAGGCAAGAAGAGGCGAGGAGGCAAAGAAAUGCAGAGCUUGGUGGACGAGGAGCAGAAUCUGUUAAACCUGGAAAUGAGAAUCAUGUAACCAGUCGCGCCAUUGAUAUUGCUGCUCAAGUGAAGCAACCCACACAUACUACUUCAAAGAGCACCUGUGAGAAGUUUAACCCGGAGGACAGCAUGCCAGGGUUCCGGGUGGAGCCACGGGCAUUGCCAACCUCAGUGCAGGUUCCUGAAUGUGGAUCAACAUGGAACAUGAGGGGUUACGCCGAUCACCAUGCAGUUCCUGGUCGUGUUUGCAGCUCUGUUCGUGUCGCCAGGAAGAAAGGAUCAUCGCAUUCAAAUCUACCACAGUAUGAUGCAACAGAUUUGAAGAAUGGUAUUGAGGUUACCGAUCACAACCAGCCAGCUGAUAGGCCUGCUUCUUCUCAAAAGAAGGACCUACAUGAGAACCAUGGAAGGAAGUACAAAAGGAUACACUACUCCGGGCCAUUGAUGCCACCAGGAGGGAACAUUGACGACAUGCUCAAGGAGCACGAGAGGCACAUCCAAGAAGCGGUGCGCAAGGCACGCAUUAGCAAGGGGAGCAGAUAGCUAGGAGAACAUAGAGCAGCUGGAGGUCCUUAGGAGAAAUGAACAAGGGUUCAAUGGUGCUGUUGGCACCUUCAACACUUAGAAAUUAGAAUUCAUGCACAGCACUUUUCAGCGAGCUGCCAUGUUAAACUGCUGCAAGAGUUCAUACAUGGGAAGGCAAUAUUGCUCAAUACCAUCGCAAAGAUCAGUAAGUUGGGAGCAUCAUACUACAAAGAGAAUGAGUGGAUUACAUCGCAAAUAUCAUUUAGUUCUCAGGUAAAGAAAUGAGCAAGGGGGUUGCAGAGCCUGGGUGAAUACAGAGGUUUUUCUUCUUUGUUCUGUUUAGAGAAUGAGCACCUGAAUUAGGUUAUUUUUCUAAAGUUUUGCUCUAGUUGUAAUGUUGUCAUCGUAAAGUUGUUCAACCCUUUUUCUGACAAAACUCUGGAGUAUGAAACAUAUGACCUGACUUUGAAGCUCCAAACGAACAGUUUCAUGUUUCUUUAA